CUUGGUGUUCACACUCUGUUGACGAUGCCUGAGCCUGCCAAGUCCGCCCCCGCCCCGAAGAAGGGCUCCAAGAAGGCCGUUACCAAGGCCCAGAAGAAGGACGGCAAGAAGCGCAAGCGCAGCCGCAAGGAGAGCUACUCGGUGUACGUGUACAAGGUGCUGAAGCAAGUGCACCCGGAUACCGGAAUCUCUUCCAAGGCCAUGGGCAUCAUGAACUCGUUCGUGAACGACAUCUUCGAGCGCAUCGCGGGAGAGGCGUCGCGCCUGGCGCAUUACAACAAGCGCUCGACCAUCACGUCCCGGGAGAUCCAGACGGCCGUGCGCCUGCUGCUGCCCGGGGAGCUGGCCAAGCACGCGGUGUCCGAGGGCACCAAGGCGGUCACCAAGUACACCAGCUCCAAGUGAGCUCACAACAGAUCCAAAGGCUCUUUUCAGAGCCACUAAGA